GGCAGCCGUUUUGGCUCGGCGCGGGCUCGCCGUACCGCGGCGCGGCAGCCACGAGGCAUGUCGCAGCGGGGCGACGAGGUGGCCACCAUGAGCACGCAGAACCCUCAGCCGAACAAGAAACGCAUUGGAUCGGCGCUUUGCAGCACUGCCAAGCGCGCCAAGGCGAUGAUGCGCCGCGGCUCUGGGCGCUGCCGCCCCGGCGGCGCCGCUGGGGGCGACCGCAAGGCGCACGGCGAGCCGGCCCCGGACUGCCUCGGCAGCCCGCGCGCGGAGGCGGGCGGGCCGGACUCCGCCGGGGCCGCGCCCCAGAAGCUGGCGCGAGGCGUGCGCGUGGAGGCCACCGCCCCCACGCCGCCGGUCUCGCUACUGGCGCUCUUCGACGCCGCCGCGGUGCGGCCCGCCGCCCAAGCGCCGCCGGCGGUCGUCUCGCUGCGGCGGCUGCUGGACGCGCGCCCGGCCGCGGGCGCCGCCGAGGGCAGUGCCCGCGCUGAGGCGGUGGCCGAGCCCCCCGCGGCUGCUGCGCCCGCGCAGCUCGGAGGCAGCGCGCCGCCGCCGCCGGAGCCUGCGCUGCCCCAGGUGAGCCUCGGGCACCGCGACGUGCUGGCGGACGCCAUCCGCAGCAUGGAGAGCCGCCUGGCGCGCCAGGGCCUCCUCGCGGCGCCCGCCUCGAUCCUCGGCGGGGGCAGGACCCGCAAGCUGCGCAGGGGCAAGCGGCGGGAGCAGGAGGAGGAGGAGUUCUACGACCCCGACGACGGAUUUAUCGACGACGCAGAUCUGGAGGACUUGAACGCAUGCGAUGCGGAGGAUGCUGCUGGGGCCACUCAAGGAGACGCCGACGCGCCACCCGAUUCCCAGUGCAGCGCACGUGGUGCUGGCGGCGUGGAGGCGCAGCUGAACGUUCGAGGCUUCCGGCUCACGAACGGCCUCGCACCUAGCGGCGCGGCAUCGUGUGG